GGUCACGUAUCACUUACGAGGCUGAUUUUCGAAAAUGUUCUUGACCACUCUCGUCCAAAUCAGAUUUGAACCAGGAAGUCGAUAUAUGGUAUAUAACAGCAAACAGUUAAUCCUCAUACCAUCAACGUGUUAACCAUCUCUGGAGACAUGGCCAAAUUUCGCUACCUUACCAUUCUUCUUUUGAUUUGUCUACUGACCAUUGAUCAUUCCGAAUCAUGGCGGCGCAGGCGUUUCCGGCGGUUUACCAGGAGAGUUGGCCGCGCAAUUAGAAGAGUCAGAAGAACGAUACAAACGGUGAACACAGCGGUCGGCGUCAUCCGGGCGGUUGGAGCUAUAGCCGGUGCAGGAAAGCGAUCAGCUGACGAUGUUCUUCCAGAAAUAAACGUUUGUGACUUUAGCACCCUGGAUUUAGACAAAGACUAUGAUGUGGAUGAAGAAGAACUGAUAACUCUCAUACAAAUGUCAGGAUUAGAAGAACUAGAAGAUUUGUUUGAAAAACUAGACAAAGAUGGAGAUAAGAAGAUUACAAAAGAAGAGUUUGAUUCGUCCGACAUUAUAGAUAAAAUAUGCUCCGAGGAUGAGAAAGAAGACAAACAAAUAGAAAAUGAAGAUGCUAAAGGAACAGUAUAAAAGAAACAUUGUGCUACAAAAUAUGACAUCGACAGACUGCAAGAUAACGGACACUUUCUAUCAUCACUGUAAAAAGGAUUUUGUGAAAGUGGUUCUACAUCUUAUUUCAACUGAAGAAGGGCCAUCGUUAAAAAUGGAAUUAAUUAAGGAAAAACCCCAUAUUGUAUGUUACUGAUAUUUUGAUUAUGUUUUUUAAACGGUUAUUAAAACUGAUUAUGAUAUAUUGAGUAAAAACUCAAACGCAAUAUUACUUUUACUAAUAAUGCACAUGUAUCAUGAUCGUUUGAAUAAAAAAAUAACACUUUACAAAAAA